CGUAAACAACGUGAGCUCGUCGCAAAGUACAGCCAAGCCGACGUUUUACCCUCUGUACUUUUUUUUUUUUUUUCUCCGAUAUUGUAAUUCUAUCACGUUUAACCACAGUGAGGAAUCAAAUCCUCAUUGUGCCUGUGCUGUUGGCCGCGCUGUAGCAAACGUGCUUGGCGAAAGAGGAGGCAGAAGAUGACUUUCUGUGUCGCAAAAGAAACUCGACAAUGGCUGCAUACGACGCAGAAGGACAAUCUGUAGUGGUGGAGGUGAGCCCCGACAUCCAUAUCUGUGGAUUCUGCAAGCAGCAGUACAACAAUUUCGAAGUGUUUCUGGCCCAUAAGCAGAGUGGAUGUUCAAUACCUACUCGUGACAACUCAGCCACUGUAACAUCAGCUGCUCCCUCGCUGCCAGGUGCCAGUAUUGAGGUGGUUUUGGAGGAGACCUUCCAGACUUGUGUUCUGAGAGGGGUUAAGAAGAUUCUGACAAAACCCCAGAAGACCAAAAAGCUAAAAGGCACCCUGACAUCAAAGAGGCACAGCUGCUGUUUCUCAGGAUGCACCUUUAAGACACAGUAUGGCCAAAAAGACAUGGAGCGCCACCUGAAAACCCACACAGGUGAAAAGCCAUUUGAGUGUGAGCUCUGCCAUAAACGCUUCAGCCGACGGGACAAGCUCAACAUGCACAGCCGCUCGCAUACGGGCGAGAAGCCUCACAAAUGCAAACUAUGCCCAUACGCGGCAGCUGACAGCAGCAGCCUCAAAAAGCACAUGCGAAUCCACUACGACGAACGGCCCUUCAAGUGCCAGAUCUGUCCCUACGCCAGCCGAAACUCCAGCCAGCUCACUGUGCACCUCCGCUCACACACCGGAGACGCACCCUUUCAGUGCCAGCAAUGCGACGCCAAAUUCAAAAUCAACUCUGACUUGAAAAGACAUGUUCGGGUCCACUCAGGGGAGAAGCCCUACAAAUGUGACCUCUGCGAGUACCGCUGUGCCAUGAAAGGUAACCUGAAGUCUCACGUUCAGAUCAAACAUGGCACUGAGAACGCCUUCCAAUGUGCCCAUUGUGAAUUCACGUGCGCCAACAAAAUGGCGCUACGGCAGCACUUGCGCCAGCACAGGCCCGUUCAGCCUGUUCAGUGCCCAAAGUGCACAUACUCUUGCGCCAGUCGCGGGGCACUCAAAGUCCAUGAAAGGAUCCACUCGGAGGAGCGGCCCUUUAAGUGUGACUCAUGUAACUAUGCCUCUAAGCAGCGGAGCAAUUUGGUCAUCCACAAGAAGAGGUUCCACUCGGACACCCCUGAGAAGGGUGGCGGGAAAAGGGCGAGUGACGAACCCCCAAAACCUGUCAGCUCUCGUUACCGGGCUAAGCUUGAAGCCGCUCGAGCCUUCAGCUGCGACUUGUGCAGCGCUUCGUUUGUGAGGGAAGACUCGCUGAGGAGUCACAGGAAGCAGCACAAAGAGACCCAGAAUCCACCACAGGUCCAAUUGACCGCACCGCUUCUCAGUGUGACAUCCCCAGGCAACAGCACCCAGGUGGAAGUCCCGGUUCAUGUGGAUUCCUUGGUCCCUUACAAUAGCACGCAGCUCAAAAUUAUUGUUUCGUCUGCGGAAAGUCCUAACAAGAUGGUUCUGUUGAGUCCCGAACACCAGGAUGUGGUUGUGAACUCCAUGAUCCAGCAGGUCAAUCUGCUGGCGCCUCUGCAGCCACCCGGAUUGUCCGAAAGCACUGAUGCUACCUUCGUACCCCAGACAGUCCUUUUGACGCCGCUGUACUCCACCGAUGACAAUGACAGCCCUCUCCACCAGACGCUGGUUCACUCGACAAUAGGCGCUCAGGCAUCCAGCGUUGUCCCACAAACUUUCAUCACCUCCUGUACUGAACUGGAGGACUUGGGUACCUUGGUCCAGGAGGGCGCCGCAGAGGUGACAGUAGUGACAGAAGGAAAUCCCAGCACGGCGAAUUCGACGAGUCCGACCGGCCCGGCCCAGGCGGUUGGGGACAGUCGAGGGCAGUGCCUUAGCAUGUGAGCAACUCCUCACCCAACCGUAAUGUUUUCAAUGGACUCGUAAUAUAAGCUACACAUGUUUUUAUUGUUCCGUUCAUUUUUCAAAAUCCACAUUGUAUGAGGGGGAAAAACAGAAAAGUCGGUUGUUAAUUUAUGUAAUUCUUGUUUUUAUAUUACUAAUGUUUACAAAGUACAAGUUAUCUGGGAAACAUUUGACAUUGUACUAACAAGUUAGUUACUACUAAAAAAAUAAUCUUUGGAUGUUUGGUUCAAUUUUUGGAAAGAGUGAUUUUGUUUUAUGGUUAAGUUAUUUUAAGUUAUUUGUAUUAUGAGUUUUGCAGUGUACUUGUUUCCCAGGAAAGACCUUUACAGAGAUCUUGUUCACUUUCUUAGUUUGCAAUGAUGCUGUUUUUUUUCCCCCACUAAGAUUUUAGAGUAUCCAAUUAAUUAUGAGAUGCUGUAAAAAUAGACCCAUGUACUCCCCUAAGCAGAAAUUGGGAACAUGUAGCCCACACGAGGCUUACCUGUAUGAAAAUGAUUUGAGCCUUCUAUAUCCUUUAUAUCCAUCUGAACUCAUUGGCUGCCAUUGAUGGCAAUAGACGUCCAAUCCGUAUUAACCGAGAAGGUUAACAGCCCCCAGGCAAAUUGGACUGGAUGUCUAUCGCCGUCAAUGGCAGUGAAAGAUGUUAGGUCAAUGGAGGCAUCCCAGUGGAUUUUAUGUCUAUGACUGUCAAUGGCAUUGAAUAAGCUACUUGAACACUUUUUGUCCUUACCAAAUGGGCUUACAGUAAUACCAUUAUCAAAAUUUCCAAUUUAUUUUCAAAACAUAAGCCAAGAUUGAAAGUUUGAGGUGGUCGCUAAUGCGUCAUCAAUUCUGGAGAGUAGAUUGCAACAAAAGAACAAACUUAUGAGGGAUCGUAUAAACAUCGAAUAUAUAUAACGCGCUUUCAGACCAAACUCAAACUUUACUAACAAAACUUUAUAAACAGACAAAUUAGCAUCCCAAAAUUCAAUUAUGGCAUGGAAGAGAAGUAAAGCACCAAAUACUGUUUUAAAUAUACAUUACAUUCAUUUAUGACAAAAUAUCUUUAUAUAUUUUAUGUAUUGCCUUCAGUGUAUCUACUGCUGGCUUACUAGUUAAAAAAAAAAAAAAAGUCCUUCUGGUGAGGACGAAUAGAAUACUAGUACUGUAUAUGGAGCAUAAGGCUAUUCAUGAAUUUGAGCAUAUACAGUAUUAAUAUUUUUAAUAUUCUAUUCAGUUGGUUGUACAUACUUUGUCCCCAUUACUAAAAUAAAUUAAUAUAUAUAUUUGAUAUAUAUAAUUGACUAGAAAUAUACUAUUCUGUUGUCUUCCACAGCUACAUGUUACAGGUGAGGCAAAACAACUUGUGGACGAUUUGGGGUUAUACAGUACUAGUAAAAUUAUCAUGCCAAGUGCACGAAUCAUGCUUCCAUAGAGCUUUUAGUUGUGUUGCUACUGCAAAACAGUUGUUUACCGAAAAGGUUUGAUUGGAUACUGGUAGGCCAAAAGUAGCACAAGACGUGUUAUUUUACUAGUGCGUCCUAAAAACUCUGCAGGUGGCUAUCUUUCUAGUCAAAAGUGUUCUGGUACAUUGAUAUGGUCCAAUUUUUCCCCGUAUGCAAAAAAAACUUUCACUGCGUAAUGAAAAACAAAAACAACUUCUGAAAAAACAAUCAAUUGAGCCCCUCACAUUGAUUGAUUGAGUGAUUCAUUUUUUCUUUCAUAAAUUUUGUGAGGACCUCGGAGGUCUGACCACCAUUUGACAAUAGAGGUGACUGAACAGCUGGACUGUAGUUCCCCAGAUACUCCAGAAGAAGGCAGCAGAUAGAUGGAGCCAAACUUUCCGAUAAUGAAGUCCUUCAAUACAGGCUUUUCAUAUUGAUUUUUUUCCCUCAGAUAAAUACAUUCGGGUCCUUUUCUUUGUGGGUCUUGCAAGUAGAAAACCUGAUAAUGCACACUAUGGCCCGACUUUCUUAAAAGCCUUGUUUUUUCUGCACCGAUUGAUUUUUCAAUAAAGUGCUGUUCUUCUUUCAGGCUCUAUCUUUUGGCCUCUUAGUCAUAUU